AUGAAGAGAGAAGCCAUGCGUAAACUUUUCGAAACGGUCACUGCGCUGCAUCACAUCCGUUUCACAGACUGUCCAGGGAGCCCUAGGAAUCUCAUCGCUUCUCAUGCAACAGCCGAUUCAGUACUUUUGAGAUGGAGUCCGCCACUAUAUGUGGACGAAGGGAAGCGCUAUUGGUACACACUCACCUACAAGCCAAGAACUCCUCAACGAAGAAAUCACGUCGUGCGUGUCGAUUUCAUCAAUGAAGAGAAGUAUUUGGUCACUGGAUUGAAGUCUUUUACGCUUUAUGAGUUCAGCUUGACCACAACGACACGAACCUUGUACGGUGCCACAAUCAUUACGUCUCGAAGCUAUCAGCUGCGAAACAGCAACGGUCUCUUGGCGUUCACCAAAGGUCAACAACGGGGCAGAGGUAACAUUAUUUCUAUGUUUUCCUCUUAUUUUCCGCGCUAUUCUCCUUGGGGAACUUGA